CGGAAAUGGUGUGUUUGCAUGCUGCAUGCCAUGGAGACUACUGAGAUUGACACUUAUGCAAGCACUGCAGGAGACUACAUAAUGCUAAACACCGUUGAUCUGUCUAAGCCAAAAUAUGUCAGGCAUUGCACACCUUUAUAGCGGUGUCAACCGGUCACACUAUCAGCCACGAUCCCAUGCCGAGGAUAUCGACCCCCUUGACCCGCAACAGCGACAGGGCCUUAUUGCCGUCUCCUGCAUCGCAGCAGUGUCACUACUGGCAACAUUUUCCCUCCUCUGUUUCCUUACAUACCGGUUCAUCUUCUGGAAGAAAUACCACCGGCGCCCGCUCGGACACAACCACUAUGUGGUACUCGUAUACAAUCUCGCCCUGGCAGACGCCCAACAAUGUCUCGGGUUCAUGGUCAGCCUCCGCUGGCUCGACAAAGAGGCAGUCCAUGCAUCCGACCCCUUCUGCUUCCUCCAAGGCGUCUGGCUACAAAUCGGCGACCCGAUGAGCGGACUAUUCGUGCUGGCCAUCGCCAUAUAUACGGCCCUGCGUGUCAUGGGCGACUACCACAUCAGCCAUCGCCUGUUCGUAACCGUCAUCGUGAGCCUCUGGGUUUUCGGAAUCCUUCUCUUCAUUAUCCCAAUCGCCGUUCUCGGUCGGUGGGCGUGGCUUCCUGCAGUCGCAUGGUGCUGGAUCGCCCCCGGCCAGCUGGCAUUAUGGGUCUGGACACACUACUUCUGGAUUUUCCUGACCCAAUUCGUCACACUACUGUUAUAUAUAGCCCUCUUCAUGCAAAUCCGGCGACGAAUCGCCGAAUGCACCAACCUAGGAGGCCGACGAAACAGUCUACGCAACAUGCACCGCGUCGCGAGCUACAUGGUCGUAUACCCAAUCAUCUACACAAUCCUAACAGUCCCGCUGGCUGCGGGCCGCAUGGCCAGUCUGGCGGGGCAUACGCCUAGCAUGACCUACUUUUGCGUUUCUGGGACGCUGAUGACGCUGUCUGGGUUGUGUGAUACGGUGCUUUAUACGUUGGCGCGGAGGCAGUCGGUGCUUGAUUCGGAGCGGAGGGGGUCGAGUAAUCUUACGUCGGAUUUGUUGGGGAGUGCGGAGGGUGGCUUGGGGAAUGGGUAUGUAGGUAGGACUUCGCGUGGUGGUGAGGUUAUGGUUCAGUCGGAUUUUGAUGAGGAUAUUCGUUACUAGAUUAGAUGAUACAAGAAGAUCUACUGGUAGAUGCAAGACUAGGGAUAGAUCUGGGAAUAUUAGCAUUACCUGAGGGAUACUCUAUUCUUUAAUAGCUAGCGGUAUAUAUUUAGUAUCCAGACUGAGACUGAUACAUAGGAAACAGACUUAUCA